AUGUGCGAAGCGCGAAGCUUCCAGCGCACAACAUCUACACGUGAAGCGCGGAGCUUCCAAUGCGUAGCAGCCAUGUGCGAAGCGCGGAGCUUCAAACACAUGACGCACGAAGCACGGAGUUUCCAAUGCACAACAUCUACACAUGAAGUGCAGAGCUUCCACUGCGUGGCAGCCAUGUGCGAAGCGAGGAACUUCAAACACAUGACGCACGAAGCACGUAGUUUCUUUCCAAUGCACAACAUCUACACA